AUGAAAAAGGUUUUCCAUAUCUGCCAAACGGGUGGCCGCAAGAACUCGUUCCUGUGUCCCAACGGAACUAUGUUUAACCAACAGGUGUUUGUGUGCGACUGGUGGCACAAUGUCCAGUGCGGAGACAGUGUUACACAUUAUCCGCUCAAUGAGAACAUCUAUGACCACAACUGGGAAUCGAAACGAGUGACCAAAACAGAGACCGAAGGCUCGGUUAGAAGGAGUGGUAGUCUUAUGGAAACCGCUGAGCCGUUGACCGAUGAGAUGGCCGUCACUACAACUCCCAUUGAAUCCGAAUUAAGCGAUACUAACGGUUCGGUCGAGAAUAAGGAUGUUUCGGAUGCCGUAAACGAGGGGUCAAACGAUUUUGGCGCCAAUGAAGAGGACACCGACGAGGAGACGGGCAGAGCAUCGAGGGUUCGCUCUCCUGUGCGUAUAUACAGAACCUCCCGAUUCAUGACACCUCUCGACCGCCAGAAGCGUCGCCGUAGGAAAAGAGGAUAUUUAAAAGCUUAA